GGGUGAUUGAAUUCAUGAGGGCGAAAAAUGCCAUUAAUGAGUCCAUACGCACACACUCUCACUGUCGCUCUCACUCUCACUGUCACUCGCACAGGCAUGCACGUGUGUGUGUGUGUGUCCAAUGACCAUACCAUGACCCGUGUGCCCGUCUGUGCGUCAUGCAGCAGUGAAGGGAUGGAUGGAUGCAAGGCGAGAGGGACGCUGCCAGUGCCUGGUGAACCUGGUCUGGAUCCACCGGCAACACCGACGCCACUCGUCGCCUACACCCCUCCACCACCACCACAGCACGUGCAUCCAUUCGCCCCGCACCAGCUGAACGAAUGAAUGAAUGAAUUCUCGCCGCCAACAAUAUUAAUGCACACACAUACCCAUCGAGUGUUCGCCGCACCCAUCGAGUGUCAAUCCAUGCAUCAGCUGAGCUCAGCCAUCGGUCUUCUGCCCCCCACUACUCCCACUGGCACUGGCGGGGCUCUGCUGGCUCUGCUGCUGCUGUUGUUGUGUCUUGGUGGCGUCGGCUGAGGGUGGUCCCGCCUUGGGCAUGGUCUGCUGCGCCAGCUGUGCGAUGGCCUGGGCGGACUCAAGCAAAUCCUUCUCCAAGGGAGGGGGGCCCACGUACGUCCUGACACAUACACAGACAGAGAGGAUGGACCUUCUCUCUCUCUCUCUCUCUGUCUCCCUCUUUCUGCGUGUUGAUGGGCGGCUGGGUGUGGGGUGCCUUUGUGUGUGAGAGGGGAGCGGGGGGCGGGGGGGCGGGGUGCUCACUUCUUCUGGCCGGUUUCGGUGUCGUAGUAGGUCCACUGCUUGCUGUCAGCUGAUGCGUCACACACAGAAGGGGAGAGAGAGGUGCACUGGUGCAUUGCACUGUGUGGGUGUGGCCUGACGUACUUGUGCUGUCGGUCUCCUCUUUGAGCCACAGGGCCUUAUCGCGCAGGAAACGCCACUUGCGAUUGACGCUGUCGACACGCACACGAGAGACGAAUGCAGUGCAGCUUUGUGUCUGUCGGCCUCUCUCUCUCUCUCUCUGUGUGUGUGUGUGUGUGUGCGUGUGUGGGCUUACAGUUCGUUGGCAGCUUGUGGCUGGAAUACGUCUCUUGGGCAGUUGUAGAAGAUGUACAGCAGCGUGUCGUCGUUGACCUUCUUCAAGGUCGACACCUGACACACACAGACAGACAGAUGCACACCAUACACACACACACACAGACCCCUCCCUCACACAGACCCCUCGCACAUACGCAAUCACUCACUCACCUCGACUUUGUGCAGGUUGGGGUUCGUGUAGUAGCACGACGGCAGCGAAAACCUAAAGGAACAGGGACACACAGACACACCAUACCAACGCACAGAGGGAGGGAGGGAGGGAGGGAUGGAGGCGUGUGUGUGUGUGUGCGCGGAUGGGCAGCGUACUCUGGCGUGUCCGAUGACUGCAGCGGCGCCUCUGCCCAUGGCGAGGAGAAGGAGCUAUACAGUGACCUGACCACACACAGACACACACACAUGGCAGAGAAGUGUGUUUUGAUGCAUUCGUGUUGUGGUUGUGGUUGUGGUUGUGGUGGUGUGUGUACUCUGGUGAGUUGAGGUUGAGGCCGAGAGUGGUCAGGUCCAUCCCUGGUCAUGUGACAUGAUCAUACACACACAGCUGUGUGUGAUCACGUGUGUGUGUGUGUGUGUGUGUGAGGACGGGUGGGUGAGUAUACCGAGUGCGACGAUGUUGAGGUCGGGGUCUGUCAUGCGGAUGACCUUCAAGAUGCCCAGCAAGCCAUGGUGACACCUGCACAGCCACGCACAACACAACCACAUGGGCGUGUGUGCCCGCUGCCGAUUGCUGUUGCUCACUUCACUGACCUGUUUGACAGUUUGGCCUUGAGUGUGCUCUCGUGGAUGAGGUCCUUCGGGUCGAUGGACGACCGCUGAUGCUUCUGGUAGAACUGCAUCACUGCACACACACACACACACACAUCCACACACGACGCGUGUGUACGCAAGAUACGCACCGGUGUCAUUGAGAGGUCCGGAGAGAAGGUCGUGGCGCGUCAUCUCCCGUGCGGCAGCAGGGAUGCGAGAGGGGUCGGGGGGGCCGCUGGGCGGCGCGUAGAUCUCAGCGCUGCACCGCACACACACACACACACAUAGAGGUGGGCACGUGCUUUCCAUCCAUCCAUCCAUCCAUGUGUGUGUGAAUGGUUGGUUACAGAAGGUUCUGCAGCUCAGCGUCCUGCUGGGCGGUGCCAUUUUUCUUCUUCUGCGCCUCAGCCACACCACCCACACCAACCUGUGUGUGUGAGAACACACAGACAUACACAUACACAUACACACAACACAACCACAUGGGCACGCGUGUGUGUGUGGGAGGGGGAUGGGGGCGUACCUGCUUCCGCGGUGAGCCCCCAGCCUGUUGUUGUUGCUGCUGUUGCUGCUGCUGCUGCUGCUGGCCGCCGGCAGUGGCCAGACCACCGUACUGCUGCUGGCGCAGCUUGCUGGUCGGGGAGCCUCCAGCACCAGGCUGCUGCUGCUGCUGUUGGGCUGCCUGCUGCAGGCUGCCGCCAGACUGCAGGUUGAGACCUGUGCAUGUAUCGCCACACACAAGACGACACAAUCUCUCUCUCUGUCUGUCUGUCUGUGCGUCUGUGUGUUUUGUGUGUGUGUGUGUGUGUGGUUGGCGCACCGAGUCCGAGGACAUUCUGCCCCUGCUGCUGUGGGUUUGGCGAUGAGCUGCCCAUCGAGCCCACACCGACUGCACCGACGCCACCCUGCUGCUGCCCUGAGGGCUGCUGCUGCUGCUGAGACGGCUGCUGGGGGCCUCCUGCAGCACACACACACAGAGACCACUGUGUCUCUCUCUCUCUCUCUGUGUGUGUGUGUGUGUGUGUGGAGUCUGCUGGAGUGGGGGACCUGGGCAGUAAGGUUACUUACCGAGCAUUCCUGCGGCGCCCAUGCGGGCCUGCAGAGCACCACCAGGCUGCAUACACACCACAUCACAUCCAGGUGCUGAAAUCCAUCCAUCCAUCCACCAUGUGCACCUGUUGCUGCUGCUGAUAGCCCCCCAGCUGACCGGCCACACCUACUUGACGCAGCCACAACGACAGACAGACAGACAGACAGACAGAAAUGCGGCGAUGUGUGUCAACAAGGGCGUGGCAGUGUGGUGUGUUGAUACCUCUGGCACCUCCCGGCUGCUGGCCCGCCUGCUGCUGAGUCGGCGAGGGCUUACGCACACCUACACUCACAUACACACAUCGACACACGGAUGGAUGGAUGGAUCAACAUACCUCCCUGCUGCUGCUGUGCCUGCAAGGCACUGGCCUGCUGCUGCGCCGCUGCAGCUGCCGCGGCCUGUUGCUGCUGCGGCCCCCCUGCACCGAGCUGCUGCUGCGCCUGUGCGCCUGGUGGCUGGGGCUGACGCACAAACCCCCCACCUACACACACACAUGGAUACAGGCAGAAAGGUGUGCGCGUCGUGCCCGGGGUUAGCUUACCUUGUGGCUGUUGCUGCUGAGAUUGCAGGCCGCCUCCCAUACCGUCUGUGUGUGAGAGAAUGGCCACAGACAUCCAAAUUUCCGUGUGUGUGAGGGGGAGAGGGGGAGAGAGAGAGGGAGAGUGUCUGUGUGUGUGGUUGCUCACAUGGAUAGCCGCCGCCAAAUCCAGUGCUCUGCUGGGGGAACCCUGCACGCAGGCACAAUACGCAUCAUCGACACAGACACGUGUGUGUAUGUGUGUGUGUGCAUCGAUCGCACCUUGCCCCUGCUGCUGCAUCGACUGCUGCUGGUGACCUGUCAGACCUACACACACCCAUGUGUGUCAACAGCGAAAUGACCAUCUGUGUGUGUGUGUGUGUGUGCAUUGCUUCCCUCCCUCCCACUUACCAGCGGUGUUGAAGGCCGAUGUGCCGCCCAUUGAGAACGGCAUCGCGUCAGGACGCCUGCAUGACGACAUCCAUCCAUCCAUUUAUCCAUUGUGUGUGUGCAGGGAUGGGUGUGCGCUGCGCAUACAGUUGUGGGUUGGCUCGUGUCUGCUGCUGCUGUUGUUGCUGCUGCUGUUGCUGAACGAAGUCCAUCGAGCCGUCGUAGAAUGCGCCAGCUGACAACCACACACACAUGGACACGGACAUGGACACGGACAUGGACACACUCCACGAGGAUGCAGCUCAGGUGUAUAUGUGUGUGUGUGUGUGUGUGUGUUUGUGAUGUUGACUCCUGCACUGACCAUUAGGGUUGAGUUGCGUUGCGCCGAUGCGUGCCGCAGCCGCCCUGGUCUGCUGCUGCUGAGCGAAAUGGGGCAGCCUGCGCACACACGCAUGCAGAGAUCCACACACACGUGGAUGUGUGCGCUCUGUCGGAUGGCGUACAUGUUGGCGUGCAUUGAGGGUGGGUAUGGCCCCGCACCCGGGCCCCCCAUCUGCUGCUGUUGUUGCUGCUGGCCCUGCUGCUGCAGACCUGACACACACACCACACAGACACCCACACACAGCCUCAUAUAUCCACGAUCCCCAUGGACACACAGACACUUGUGUGCACUCCACACUCAACGCUCCUACCUGCCACAGGGCCUGCACAUCACCAAGAAGGGGACACACGCAGACAGACGAUACAGGGGCGUGUGAGGUCUCUCUCUGUGUGCAGGUCAGGUGAGAAUGCUCACCAGGUCUGACAGGAGGGCCACCUCCACCCUGAUGCAUACAUACAUCAUGACCGAGCACAGCACACGCAACACACACACACACACGACUUAAUCUGGAUGCACCCCUUCUCCCUCCCUCCCUCCCUCCCUCCCGCAAGCAAAGCACACGCACCUAGCCCACCUGCAUCAUGUUGAACCGGUCCAUAGUCGCUUCUCUCCUGAUCCCUCAGAGCCCUCCACACAAACCAAACCAACCUAACCUGCCCGUAGCACACAUCACGGACGGGAGAGGGAAACCAUGGCACACAACACAUCUUUUCUCUGCCCGCAGUCGUGCCUUCAUGCCUCGCGCGCACGCACCACGUCCACAGACAACAGAUCUCACCUCGACAAGAACCGAUAUCGCCCGAGCUGAAUUCAGAAGGAUGACAAGGCCCUUCUUCUCCUCCAACUCACAAUUUUUG